AUGAGAAUAAGAAAAGGAAUUUUAUUGGGUAAGUCACGCGAUUGGUCAGAUUUGAACCGAAAUGCUAACUCUUCUCCAGGCUUUUUGCUCUCCGUAAUCGGUGCGGCAUAUCUGGGGUUCGCCGAUAUCUCUCUCCAGUCGCACGAUAAGAUUCUCCAUUUUUGCUCGUUUUUCAUUUUAACCGGUCUAUUCUACUGGAUAUGGGAUUCCAAUUCAAUCAGAAUGCUGCGAAACAUGUGCAUUCUGGUUUGCACCGUGGGAGCUGGAAUAGGCAGCGAGAUUCUCCAAGGAUUGCUUCCGUACAGGACCUUUGAUGUGUAUGAUAUUGUGUCCAAUGUUGCAGGUUCGUCCCUGGCACUGAUUCUGAGCGAAGUGUACCAUAAGAAGCUCAUAGUUAAGAAGAGACGAGACCGGUUCAGCAGACUCCACAGCGACGCAAUUGGGAACUUCGAAAGUCAAUUGGGUCAGGACUUGGCUGCUGAAGAUGAUGUUACCGACGAUGAGGAGAAUCAGGAUGUUUUUGUACAGGAAGGUGAGGAUAUCGCGUUGCGCCCAGUGGAUCCAACUCCCAUAGUACAGAGUUGA